AUGGCUACACCAAGCACCACUCUGCAUGCGCUUGCUGAACCUACACUUGCAAUUUCGGGCACCCGAAGCCGAGAAGCGCGCACCAACAUGAUUUUCCUAAGCGCUGGAUAUCGGGCUCCCACGUUCCACACUGGAGCUGGCUGUGCCAGUUACAUAGUAGAUCUAGCGCUUGCUCCAAGAGAACGCUCGGCGAUGUUUAACAACGUGGAGGCAACAACACGGCAGAGCAGGGCAGAAGCGCUGGCGUACUCGAAGCUAUCAAGCGAUGGCUGCAAUCUCUACCACGUUAGUGCACCAGGCACUUUCCACCAGGGCCUGACUCAGGCAGGUGACUGGUUUAAGCAGAAACGCUGGUGGUCAGAGGACUAAGAUUGUGGUGAGUCAGUCUUCGUGCAUGUACCACAGUGACUGAGCCUUUGGCACCAAGAAACAGUUAGGCAGCGAACACUGUUCGGAAUCCGAGCUUCGGAUGCGAGACAUAUUGUUCGGUCAUAUGGACUUAAAAGUGGUUAAAUGAACUGACAUCAAAGGAGAUUUAGACAAAAAAAAAUCCAGAAGGUCUACCAGUGUUUGCCACGAGAUGAAGGUUCGCAUUCGGAAACGAGUGGCCACAGCAACACCGCACCAUGGCUAGACCGGUAACAGUGACGAUUUCAAGUACUACUAGUAAUAUAUCUAACCUUCGAGCCUUGAUGAGGGAAGGCUGCAACCAAAUUUUGAAAAUAAAAACUCAAAAGAACGA